AUGGGCUCUGAGGCACGACACGCGGUGUGUGGCAUAAUCUCAAUUGGGGACAUGGGCAUGGGCAUCGCGAGGCUAUUGAUUGCAAACAAUUUUGGUGUUGUAUCAAACGUGUCGGAUCGCAGUUCAGCAACGCAGAGGCGGGCACGAGACAAUAAUAUCGGGGAAGUCCCAUGCGAUAUCGAUCUCUGCAACAAGAGCGACUACAUCUUGUCAAUCGUCCCUCCUCGAGACGCCGCAGCCACGGCGCAAAGAAUCAUCAAAGCUUCGUCGAGUUUGAAUUUCCAACCCCGAUCGAACCCACUUGUUUUCAUCGACCUUAACGCCAUCAGCCCCAAAACUGCUCGCUCCAUUGCCGCCCUCUUCGAAAAUUCCUCAAUUCGCUUUAUAGAUGGCGGUAUCAUCGGCGGUCCACCUUCCCGGAAAGAAGACGGAACCUGGUCUCGACCCAGCAUUCCCGUCUCAGGCCCUUACAAUAUCAACUCUGCUGAACCCUCAGGCUCCAAGAUUGCAGAGGUUCUUAACAUGCAGCACGUCAACGAUACGAUCGGCUCCGCCACCGGCCUGAAGAUGUGCUUCGCGAGCCUGGCAAAAGGCUUCACGGCACUUGCUAUCCAGUCUUUCACUACCGCACACAAUCUAGGCGUGCUCCCGGAACUCAAGGCGCACAUGGAGGAAUUUAACCCCGCGGGCCUCAAAACAGCCGAGAGAAGCCUUCCGGGCAUGUGCCCUAAGGCGUAUCGAUGGGUGCACGAGAUGCGUGAGAUUGCGGAGACGUUUGAGGCGGAUGGAGGGUUUGCUGAGGACGGGAGUGAAUCGCCGUUCAGGGCGAUUGCUCAGAUUUAUGAUUUGGUUGCGAAUGGUACGGAGCUUGGGAAGGAGGUUGUGGGGGCGAGGAAGAGGGGCAAGACGGCGGAGGAUGUGGCUGUCUUGGUUAGUGAAGGAACGGAGCGGAGAAAGGUAAAGAUGGAGUGA